AUGUCACCGCGCGGCUUUCAGGUAUACUGCGGGGCCGGGCGGCGGGGUGGGUGGCGGGGCUGGUGGCGGGAUCGCUCUUCCCGGAGGGGGGCAGGGCGAGCCCCGCGGCCGGGAGGGGUAGGGGGUGGGGGGUGGGGCGCCGCGGAGCAGCCGGCGCGUGGUUCCUCCGGGUGUUCGGCCUCGCGCCUAGUCUGGCGGGCGCGGGUCGAGUCGGGCCCUUGCGUGCGGGAGCUCUUCGCCGAGGGGCGGGAGCUGUCGGGGCAGCGCGCCGUGUGGCCCGCGCACGCGGUGGGGUCUCUCUCCGCGACACCCCGCUCCCGCCCCGCGCCCGCCGAGCCGCCGGAGAACGCGGGGCCCCCCGCGCCCAAGCUCGCGCUGUCCCCUCACGCGUCUGAGUCCUCCUUCCCCGACGGUGAACCCAACAGGAAAGGCCCCGAAAUGCGCCGGCCAGCGGCCAUCCGCUCCCCCGGCGUCCCCGGAGUCCCGCUGUCGCGCCACACCGCGUGACUCUGCCGCCCCCUGCGG